CGCCGCCGUACCCCUCGCAGACCCUCACGCCACCCUCACCUCCACCCUCACACCAUCCUACUAUCCUUAACAUGUCUGCCUUGACGCUCUUCAUCUUUGCCCUCGCGCUCGUCUGCAUGGCGUUCGCCUCGCCCAUCAACGGCACCACCUCGACGCUCGAGAAGCGCGUCACGCACACCGGUCGCGGCACUUGGUUUAACGUCGGCCUCGGCGCGUGCGGCAAGACCAACGUCGACAGCGACAAGAUCGUCGCCAUCUCGUCGAACAUCUACGGCAGCGGCGGCAACUGCGACCAGUACAUGCACAUCACCAACACCGCGAACGGCAAGAGCGCGUGGGGCAAGGUCCGCGACGAGUGCCCCGGCUGCGGCUCCGGCGACAUUGACAUGAGCCCCUCGCUCUUCCAGUCGCUCGGCUCGCUCGACACCGGCGUCCUCAAGGUCUCCUGGCACUUCGAGAACAAGAACUUCGUGCUCCCGUGAGCGCGCGCUCCGCGCCGCGUCUCUCCCCCAGCCUCCCUAGGCGACCCGCUCCUUCCCCCUCUCGGUCUUUAUUCUGGCUAUUUAUCAGCUGUCCGCCCCCCGGUCCCCCCAUCCUCGGUCAUGGGAGGCUUGCGCCCAUAGACUCGCGCCGCGCGCGACCCGCCUCGUCCCGGCCCGCAUAUCUAUCGUGCGCCCUCGCGUCUCCAGCAGACGCGACGCGCACGCCCCGCCCUCCUCCUGCCUCCUCCCCCACCCCUGUAGACACAUAGAGUGUACGAAAAGCUCGCUAGAGAGCGUGUACUUCCGGCCGUGUAGCACUAGCGUGUUUUGUAUAGCCUUCUGCUCCGUGGCAAUCGAAGUGCCCGGGCCCCCCGCUGGUGCACGGGCCCCCAGGCCAUUUGUCC